AUGGAAAACGAAUCUGAAGUUAAUUCAGACGAUGAGUUGUUGAGUUUACUGCAGUCUUCCGGCGACCAUUAUUCAUAUUUCCCAGGUUACGACGCCAACAAUAUUGUAACUGAAUACAGCAAGUAUGGAAUCUUUAAAGUAAAAGAACCAAACAAGGAGCUAGGGAAGUCAAAAUUGUAUUUGGAGUUCGUGUGUACGCUCAAACACCUUGCCGACGCCUGUACAAUACACGAAUAUAUGCGCUACUUGUACGACAAGGACAGGAGCAAUACGUUAAAAAACGUGAAUUUCAGCAGAGCGGAUCGUUUUGAUGAUAACGCUAAGCACUAUGAAGUGCUGAUCCACAGGAGACCACACCACCUAAUAGGAAAGUGCACGCUUCGAGAAGUGGAUGGGCCGGUAUCAAUGAGCAGCACUGGCAGUGAUAAUUUGACCAUGAGGUCGGUGUAUUCUGCCCUGAUAUCCCCGGGAAUCGUGGACGUCCUCCCCUCGCUGGGAUACAAGAAAGUCAAGCAGAACAACGUGGUGAGCCAGGUGUUCCACAUCAACUACGGCUCACACAACUACGUGCAAGUGUCGCUAUACCGCUACUACGACCUGGAGAGGGAGCUGUUCCCAGGCUCACUGCUGACGGAAAUAAGGUGCUUCGGGAGCUCGGAGAUAGAGUUCUACAAGAACCUGACGAACACCUUCGCAAAACUACUCUAUAAAUUUGUGCAAUUCUGUGAUACGUGGUACCUAAUGCCCUGGUGCGUGUAA